GUAGAGAAAGAAAAUGAAAGUGUUUAGUUGAACCCACGUAAGAGGCAACUAAGCAAAGGAAGGCGGCGACACUCAACGGUUGAAAACAACGCGCCGUCUAUUGGUCGCACCGACAUUCCACCGAGAAGACAGAUAGGAAAGUGUGAACAACAGAGAAACCAAAUAAUUCUCAAAAUCCUUCAUCUUUCUUCUUGUUCACACUUUCUGCUAAUCUUUUCUCACCUUUCAAUUCAAUCAAUUUCUCUAUCACCCGCUUCUUACAACGAUUCUGAAAUGGACGAAUUUGGUGUUUUGGUUGAGAGCAUCGGAUUUAGAGCAGGUGGAAAGUCGGCGCCUUUGGCUGAUUUGAAGAGCAAAACUAAAACAUCUUCGGUUAAUAAUCUCAAACAAGCCUAUACUUCAAACUCAAGUAAUGGGUCGUUUAAUGUCGACUUAGAUGGGUUUUUCGGAUCUAACCAUGGUCGGCAGACCCAAAGUUAUGGUGGAUUUAAUGAUAUUUUCGGCGGAUCGAUUAAGUCUUCAAGUGAUGACGGAUUCGAUUUCGACUUUGCUACGAAGAAUUCGGUAUCCGAUGAUGUGUAUGGUUCGAAUGAUAUCUUCAGUGGAAUGCCGGCGUCAAAGAAACCAUCGUUUGUUGACGAAGAUGAUGUUUUUGGGUUGAAUUCUGUACCUAAGAAUCAGACAGCUCCCAUUGAUGACUUGUUUGGUAGUUUUGGUUUGGGAUCUGCUACUAAUGCCUCCAAAAAGGUUCCAGUGACGGUCUUAGAUGAUGAUUUACUGCCGGGUUUCAGUAAUGGUAGUGGUUCUACAAGGAAUGAAAGGGAAAAAUCGGAGGAAAGUUGGUCUUCAUUACCACAACAUAUGAAUGCGGAACCAACUUCUUUACUGGAAGAUCCAUUUAUAAUCCUCAAGACAUCUUCUUCCAAGGCAUAUAAAUCUUCAGCAGUUUUAUCAACAGCUGAUGAACUGGAAGACUUUGCCAGUGCAAAAGUUUGGAGUAGGCCAAAUGGGAGUUCUGAUUACCCCAAGCAGGAUAAUUGGGGAAGUGGGACAGCAGCAGAUAAUCUGGAUAUCUUUUUCAAAAAGGAUUUGAAAUCCAACAAUGGUUCUAAGCCCGACUUGGUGAUGAAGAAGAAAGCUACUGGAGCAAAACCGACUCCUCCUAUAACAGCAACAACUAAAAAGAUGUCAACACCGAAUGUAGUUGAUGAUUUCUCCCUUUUGUUUGGAGAUGGCCCUUCUGCUGAAGAAUUUCAGGAAGUUGAGGGAGAAAGUGUAGAGAGACGUAAAGCCAGACUAAAUCAUCAUAUGAGGACCCAGGAGAGAAUGGCAAAAGCCUUGGAAGAAAAGAAUAAACGUGACCAUCAAACUCAGUUUGAACAAGAAGAGAGGCAUAGGAUUGCUGGAGGUCUGGAUGAUGAUAUAAAACGAUGGGCAACAGGGAAGGAAGGCAACUUGCGGGCACUGUUAUCCUCAUUGCAGCUUAUUCUGUGGCCUGAAUGUGGUUGGAAGCCGGUUCCUUUAACAGAUUUGAUAACUUCUGUAUCUGUCAAAAAGGUUUACUACAAAGCAACAUUAUGUGUUCAUCCUGAUAAGGUUCAGCAGAAAGGAGCUAGCCUUCAUCAAAAGUACACAGCUGAGAAGGUUUUUGAUCUUCUGAAGGAAGCUUGGAAGAAAUUCAAUUUGGAGGAGCUGAGAUAGAUUCAUAUAGUAAUAUCUUUGAGGAGAAUGAGUUAUAGCUUAAAGGAAUGAAGGUAUGUAUAAUAUAAAAUACCAUUGUUUUUCCUAUCAAUUUGUCAAUGUUAUGUUACUUAUGUAUGAGUGUAAAUUAUGGCAUUCUUUUUUUAUCAUUCUUUGUCUACAUUUGCAUUAUUAUUUCAUCAACUUUUCAUGACCUCUGAAUUCUGAUGGUUGUUGACACUUAAUAAAACUGGUUUGAAUGUCAGUUA